AAUAAUUAACCGUAGUCCUGUGGUCAGUCACACUGUUACUAACUGUUCUCCAGGAUGACCAGAAGAGCAUAAUAUUUUAGUAUCAGAAAACGUCCAGUGAGGAUGAUUAUCAUCUUCAAUAUGGGCAAUAAACCAAUGUGUAGCCUUUUGGGUUUAUGCAUCCUGCUAUCUCUUAUAUUAUUCGUGGAGUUGGCAAAGAACCAUUGGAACUCAACUGAAAACAGAGGGUCAGUAAGAGUAUCCAGAGAUAUCAGCAAACCAGUUCCCAUCGACUGUAAGAUGCAAAGGUGGUCAUCAUGGAGUUCUUGUAACUCUUGCACAGUUAAGCAGCAUCGUUUUCGCAACUUGGAGAAGCCCUCUCAGUUUGGUGGGGGUAUUUGUCUUGGAGAUCAGUGGGAGAUGCUGAACUGUCCAGAAACCAAGGAAAAGUGUAUGGUGCCAGACUUUUGUGAAAACAGUUUUGGAUGCAGCGAAUCAGAUCGCUGCAUCAGUAAUGAUCUUCGCUGUAACGGUGAAGAUGACUGUGAUGACUGGAGUGAUGAGGCUGACUGUGGAGAGGUUAAGAUAAGAGACGACAAAUGUUCUACACUCAUACCUAUCCCUGGAGCUAAAAAAGGUUCCCAAGGCUAUAAUAUCUUGCAAGGAGAUUUUGUUGAAAACGCUCUUGACCCAGGGUACUUUGGUGGACUCUGCGAAUAUGUCUACAAUGGAGAAUGGAGGAAAUUCAAAUAUGAAUCAUUCUGUGAAAAUCUCAGUUACAAUGAAGACGAGAAAAACUACCGGAAACCCUACAAUUAUCAUAGUUACCGAUUUUUGGCUCAAGCCACUUCAGAAGGAUCCAAUGAGUACUACGAAGACAUGUCUCAAUUAAUAAAUGCGAUGAAAACAGAUGAUUCAGGCCACUUUGGGACAACCUUUGGAGUUCAAUAUGUGGAAGUGGGAGUAUCAGCAAGCCUAGGUGUCAAGACGCUCAAAAAUCUGACACAGUAUGCCAGCAAGGAUGUGGGGUUUGUCAGGCUGGUGUCCAGGGUGCAGACGGCCAGAUUCAAGAUGCGCAGCUCUGGUCUGAUGCUCAGCACACGAAUGCUCUCAGCUCUGCUAGACCUUCCAACAGAGUAUGACUUUGGCCAGUACUCCCAAUUCCUGAACACCUUCGGGACACACUAUGUCACCCAGGGGACCAUGGGAGGCACCUUGGAGUAUAUUGCAGUCAUUGACAAAAAAGCCAUGGAAAAAAUAGAAAAAAAUGGUUACCACAUCGCAGGCUGCCUUGGUGCUUCUAUUGGCUUAGCUGGUCCCCUGGGGGAAAAUGUGAAGGGUGAACUCAAAUUGAAAGGAGAAGUCUGUCCUUCGUCUGGAACAUUUGACUCAGACCGCGACCAGGAAUCAAGUUUUAUUCAAGACACAUUCACGGUGGUAAAGGGGGGAACAACAGAGACUACUGGGGGCCUGCUGUCCAUCCGGGACCCAGAGACCUACAGGAGGUGGGGGGAAACGCUCAAGUACAACCCUACUCUUAUCGACUACGAGCUCAUGCCCAUCCAUGAGUUGGUGCGUUUAAGCACAGCAGCACCCCAAGCAAGCAGUCGCAUUACCCACCUGAGGAGGGCCUUGGAAGAGUAUCUCAUGGAGUUCAACUCCUGUCGCUGUGCCCCCUGCAAGUACAAUGGCAUCCCUGUAUUCAUACAGUCCAAAUGUAGCUGUGUCUGCAAGCAGGGUUACCGUGGAGAUGCCUGCGAGGAGACUCUCAGAAAAAAUUCUGUCACAGACGGGGCCUGGAGCUGCUGGAGUUCCUGGUCAUCCUGCCAGUCAGGGAAGAUGAGCCGCAUGCGGGACUGUAACAACCCUCCUCCAGACAAGGGCAUGCCCUGCCUGGGCUCCCGCUCACAGACUCGUAACUGCUAAUCAGCCAGUGCUGGGUGUAACCAUGUAAGAGUUCUAGAGAUACCAGGCACAUCUGUACCCAAAGAAGCCAAGUUCUGAUGGUGAUAAUGAUGACUGUGUGUCCUAAAUAAAAACAACUCUGCUGUAA